AUGAAAAUUAAAUCAAUUGAAUCCCCUAUUAACAGUGCAGAUUCAAUUACACUUGUGCCAGGUGCUUCAAUUACCAAGGGUAUGGCCAAUAAAUUAGGUUACGGCACCGCAUGGAGCUUUGGAGAAGGGAGUCAACGAGUUGCAUUAUAUGUCAAUUAUGCUGCUGGUCUUGUUGUUACCUUUGGAGGAGAAAGUGUCUACAGUGUUGGUCAAACUUCAACUUCAGACCCAAUGUUUGGAUCCUUUCUUUAUCUUAGGGAUGACGGUAAUUUGUGUCUUGGUGUUACCCAUCGUUUCGCUAAUGAUCAAUCGUAUACCACUGAACAUUGGUGUGCAAAUACCCAGAGACUAGGUGGUACAAGCUUUGGUCUUCUUCCGACAGGCUCCUAUGGUAGAGCUUGGGGUAUUGUGAUUGUCAACGAUGCUGGCAAGAUGGUUUGGGGUAGAUUUGGUCCAGCUAUUGUCUCGAAUAGCCCAUACAUGCUUAUCCCAGGUUCCUACCUCGACAACCAAAACACUGCAUUGAAUUCAUUAAAGGCCAAUGAGUUUAUCACCAACGGCCAACACUACCUUUUCAUGACGGCACAGGGCAGGAUAGCUUUGUUUACUGACAACCCCCGUACAGCACCAACAGGUUCCUAUGUUUGGGCUGGCGAUGCUCCAGACAUACAACAAUCACCAUACAUGUUCUACUAUGGUGACGAUGGUAAUGGUUGCACUACAAUGGCAUCCGAUUCAACCAAAUCGUAUUGGUGUCUCAUAACCAGUCAAUCAGGCACUCGUUAUCUCCGUAUGCCAUUGUUGGACGCAGGUACUUGGGGGUUUGUUCUCCAAAGACCCGAUCUCUCUCUCCAAUGGGGUCAAUUCAACCGACAAACAGGAGGAAUCAAUCAUGUCAACGAGCCAAAUGAAUGGAUUAACCCUCUCACCUCCUCCACCAUGAAUUUUAGAUUCUACGCAAACGGAUCAAUGGAUGCUACCGAAUUACUAACUCAAACUACAUUUGUAGUCAUACCAGAAUCACCAACCUUUUUAUACCUUUCGUGCAAUAAUGGUCGUCCUUAUGAAUAUCCAGUGACAAUGAAAUACAAGGGUGAGUGGGCAAAUGGAAACUUUGUUUUUAGAAAAUCAAGUUUAUGUAGUACUUGCAUAUGCUCCGAAUGUGUUACAAUCCCAGUUACCCAAUACUUUGGAUACGUUCCAAAUUGGUGGGGAACACAAGGCCUAAGCAAACAACUCGUUGCUGCUCCAGGAUUCCCAGAGCUCUGGAUUCUAAAUGAGAAAGGUCAAAUGGCAUUCAACAAAAAAUAUAGUCUCUAUGUUUAA